CGCAUGGAAUUAAUUGGUUUAAUGACUAAAAAACGAGUGGACCUGUAGAAGUCUCUUGUUUUCACCUUUUUUCCCCAUACAUCGUCAAAGGACCAUCCUUCUGUCAUACAACUUUCAUCCACUUUCACUCCAUAUAGUCUCAUGCAACGUAAUUACUUCGAAACUCUCCCCACACAUGCACAACAUGUAUAUAUACAUCUAUAUAUACAUAUAUCUUUUGAAAUCCAAUUUGAGAAAAAAUAUAUAUUUCUUGUGAAAAUGGAUGAAGAAGAAGCAUGCAACAACACCAACAAUGGGCAUUCUUACAAGGGAGUGAGGAAGAGGAAAUGGGGGAAAUGGGUGUCCGAAAUCCGGGAGCCGGGGACGAAGACGAGGAUAUGGUUGGGGAGCUACGACACCCCCGAGAUGGCGGCCGCGGCAUACGACGUCGCGGCCUUCCACUUCAAGGGCCGCUACGUGCGCCUCAACUUCCCGGAACUGGUCGAGGGUUUCCCUCGGCCGGCCAGUUCUCGGGCCGAGGACGUCCGCCUGGCGGCCCAUGAGGCCGCUAUGAGGUUCGCGCCGCCGCGGGCCGGUGACGAGGCGGCGGGGGUGCCCCAAGGUUUGGGCGAGGUAAGGGUGGGCCUGUCGGCGAGUGAAAUAGAGGCCAUAAACGAGACGCCAAUGGACUCGCCAUGCAAGAUGUGGAUGGAAGUUGGGCUAGUGAAAGGCCCAGAAGAUUAUGAUUGGGCCGAAAUGCAGAGUGUUUCCAUUUGGGAUUAUUGAUAAUAAUACAUUAAUACUUCCUUCAUCGAAUAAAUUCACAAAAUUUUU